AGCCAGGGCAAAGCUGCGCCUGCCCAGGGCUGAGGCGGGAGCUGCCUGUGAGGGACCACCUUGGGAGUGUGGCGGAAACGGCUUGUGGGGCUACGUUCACGCGUGAGGAGACAGACGCACCCGCACCUCCACGCAAGUGCCACAGACAGUGCUUCCAGGCAGCAGGGUACACGAGAGUGAGUGCUGUGAUCCGAGAUGGCUCCUGCUGGUGAGGCCCUGAAGGCCGUGGUCCUGUGCCUCCUGGUCUGUGCUGGCCUGGUCACUGGUGACCGGGUGUACGUACACCCCUUCCACCUCCUCUUCUACCCCAAGAGCACCUGUGUCCAGCUGGAGAAACCCAGCAUGGAGACACCCAAAGAGCCGACCUUCACACCAGUGCCGAUUCAGGCCAAGACGGCCCCCGUGGACGAGGAGGCCCUGCGCGCCCAGCUGGUGCUGGUGGCCGAGAAGUUGGAGGCUGAAGACAGACUGAGGGCUGCGCAGGUGGGGAUGAUGGCCAACUUCUUGGGCUUCCGCAUGUACAAGAUGCUGAGCGAGACGGCGGGCGAGGGGGGCACAACUGUCCUCUCCCCCACGGCACUCUUUGGCACGCUGGCCUCCUUCUACCUGGGAGCCCUGGACCCCACGGCCAGCCAGCUGCAGUCACUCCUGGGCGCACCUGGGGAAGACCAGGGCUGCACCUCCCGUCUGGACGGGCACAGGGUCCUCUCUGCACUGCAGGCCACCCAGGGCCUUCUGGUGGCCCAGGGCGGGGACAGCGACCGGGCCCCACUGCUGCUGUCCACGGUGGUGGGGCUGUUCACAGCCCCAGACCUGCGCCUGAAGCGGCCCUUCGUGCAGGGCCUGGCCGCCUUCGCCCCUGUGGUGCUCCCUCGCUCUCUGGACCUGUCCUCAGACCCAGAGCUUGCUGCCCAGAGGAUCGGCAGCUUCCUGCAGGCCGUGACGGGGUGGGCGGCGGGCGGGCCGCCAGCGGGGCCCGCAGCAGGCAGCACCCUGCUUUUCAGCACCUCCGUCCACUUCCAAGGGAGAAUGAAGGGCUUCUCCCUGCUGUCCGGGCCCCAGGAGUUCUGGGUGGACAACAGCACCUCGGAGUCUGUCCCCAUGCUCUCGGGCACCGGCGUAUUCCAGCACUGGACCGAUGUGCAGAACAACUUCUCAGUGACCCGUGUGCCCAUGGGCGGAAGCGCCUUCCUGCUGCUGAUCCAGCCCAGCUGUGCCUCUGACCUGGACAGGGUUAAGGCCCUCGUCUUCCACCACGACUUCCUGGCCUGGAUGAAGAACCUGUCUCCCCGGGCCAUCCGCCUGACCAUGCCCGCACUGAAGCUGCGAGGCUCCUAUGACCUGCAGGACCUGCUGGCCCGGGCCAAGCUGCCCACCCUGCUGGGCACGGAGGCGAACCUGGGCAGGAUCAGUGAUGCUGACCUCAGAGUGGGAGAGGUGGUGAACAGCAUUCUUUUUGAACUCAAAGAGGAUGAGGAAGAGCAGCCUGCAGAGUCUGCCCAGCAGCCCAGUGUGUCUGAGGCCUUGGAGGUGACACUGAAUAGCCCGUUCUUGUUUGCCAUCUAUGAAAAGGACUCUGGUGCCCUGCACUUCCUGGGCCAUGUGGACAACCCCCUGAACGUGAUGUGAGGCCCUGCAAGGUUGCUGUGCCUGGCUGUCAGACUAGGGUCAGCAGCAGAGCCACCUGCUCUGCUGCCACCGUCUCCUCCCUGUCCCCCAGUGAGUUGGCGGGGCUCCUUACCGAGUGUGGCACCGUGAACAGAGCAGCAGGCUUGUUCUGGAGAGUGGGUGGGAGACAGGAACCUGGGCUAGGCCAGGACUCUUCUGCAGAGAAUCUGAACAGACUGACUUGUCUGUGAAACCCAAGUGUGCCCUUUUAACAGAAAUUAGGCUUUAAAAUUAAAACACCUUGUCUUGCUGCCUUGGAUUCA